GAUCUGGAUCCUUGCUCCUCGAUCCUUCCGACAUUCGUUUGCCCGUGGUCCGUGGCAGACCGCGAUCGGUUGGUUCGGGCGCUGCAUGUAUCACAGUACGGCAGAUAGUCGCGGACGGUUCGUUCCGUCGCAACAGUCGACGCGCCUUCACUUGUUUUCGAUUGACGCGCGAUGGCGCGCGAUUCCACGCGCUGCCUCCGACAAGUUUAAAGGGAUCGGAAGUGGGUUUGUUGUUGUUUUUGUGGUGUCACCGGAACUGGAGGAUUAUUAUCGGAGGACUCAUUUCUUUCCUAGAAGGCAACGGGGAUUAAGUAUGUGCAAGAUGCACAUUCACGAGAGAUUGUCACUCAAACAGCUUUGCCAAAAACGAUGUGCCUGAGAUAGCGCCAGCAAAAGGAAACGAGUUUUUAAAUUCUAGAUACUUUGAAAUUGUAUGCUAUUUGUGUCUACUAAGAUAAGUGAUUGGAAACCUUGGAAAUAGUAGAAAACAAAGUUUGACUCUACCCUAACGUGAUCCGGAACCUGAGAAAUGGCGUAAAUCGAAGUUCGCAGAUUAUCAAAAAUUUGAACGCGUUAAACACAAGUUUUGAACGAUGC